AUGGAGGGAUCGUGCCAGAACAAACGUCCAGGAUUUCUUACAAUCGGUAUACCCACAGUUUGUAGAAAGAAACAACAGUACAUCCUGAGUACACUAGACUCUGUGGUCAGUGGUCUAUCCAGAGGACAAAGACAGGAAGUGGUCAUUGUCAUUUACUUAGCUGACCAAGACAAGACAUGUAGGCAAAAUACGAAGAUGGAAAUACGACUAAAAUAUCCAAACCUGGUACGAACAUGUCUCAUUAGAUUUUUACAUCCACCUAAAGUUUCGGCAUUCUAUCCUCCUCUAAUAGAUAAGCUCAAAGCUGAAAGGGACAAGAAACUGAUUUGGAGAUCGAAACAGAAUUUAGAUUUUAGUUUCCUACUUAUUCAGUGCCAGAAUUUAUCCUCUUAUUACCUUCAGUUGGAAGACGAUUUGAUGGCAGUCUCCAGGUUUUAUAGCACCAUUAAAAAUACCGUUGUUCAGAGAGUCACCCACUGGGUAUGCAUGGAGUUCAAUGAAUUGGGGUUUAUAGGAAAGCUGUUUCGAUCACGUGAUUUAAUGGCCUUAGCAACAAUGAUUAUAGAGUGGUACGAACACACACCAGCUGAUGACACGUACAUCGAAUUCUAUAAAAGACGAAAUCAAAAAUCAAGGAUUCUUAUUCAACCAACCCUUUUUCAACAUGUUGGCUUACACUCAUCCCUAGAAGGCAGACUUCAGAAGCUCAAAGAUCCUUAUUUCGAAGGUGAUAUUGAAAGCAAAGAAACUGUGAUUAGAAAUCCUCCAGCAAACAUAAGCACGUCUAUGAAAAUUGACUUUCAACACCUUCCAAGACAUUGCUAUGAAGGAUCUAAAGGAUUCUUUUUGACAUCUGAGCCCGUUAUAUCAGGUGACACAUUCUAUGUUUUAUUUCAUUCUCUACAGAAUGUUUCUAGAAUAUUCGUACAAACGGGACUUGCUCUUGGAAAAGGACAUGUUCUGCAAGAAGGAGUAUUGGAACUAGGAGGAGACUUUGAAUGCACAAAAAGAAUGUUUACAAACAUUUAUAAGUUCAGCAGGGGAGUGAUUGAUGCUACUGUUAAUAGGAACAAUCUGCGCUGUAUUCAAAUCAGGGUGAUAGCCAGUCAAAACACUUUACUCAUGAUUAAGGAAAUUUCUAUUUAUUCUGUUUAAGAUCGUCUAUAAACUUUCCUUUUUCCAAGGUUUUGUUGUAAAAACGGCUAAAUUUAUAACGGAUA